UUCCUGUUGCUGUGGCCCGGAAGUGCUCCCCUUCCAUGCGAUGACGUUAGGGCUUCCGGGUCCUUGUUUCCUCCUCUUUCGUGUCAGCCAUUACCGCGAGCAGGAGGUCAUUGCCUGACAUCUACUCCACAAAAUGCAGAACGACGCCGGUGAAUUUGUGGACUUGUAUGUCCCCCGUAAAUGCUCUGCAAGCAACCGAAUUAUUGGAGCUAAGGACCAUGCUUCCAUCCAAAUGAAUAUCGCAGAGGUUGACAAAGCCACUGGUAGAUUCACUGGCCAGUUCAAGACCUACGCUAUCUGUGGAGCUAUCCGCCGAAUGGGAGAAUCUGAUGAUUCCAUUCUUAGGCUUGCAAAGAACGAUUCUGUUGUUUCAAAGAACUUCUGAAAAGGACCCUUUUGAAAUGUGGCAACUUGUAGAAAAAUAAUAAAGUUGGAAAAAAAAAACAUUGUGUUGUCUUUAAUUUUGGCUGAAUUGGUGGAAGAUAUUUUACUGAUUAAUACGGCUCUGGCAACAAAAUAAA